AUGGCACUGAGAAAACUGCUCGACUCCAGGCCACCUACCCCAUACUUCAAACUACCGCCACUACAUGUGGUUUUCCUAAAAAUCGAGGACUCGCCGAGAGUGGUGUCAUGGGCAUUUGGGGAGUCCUCAGCCACCCCCACCUGCACAAAAUUAAAUAAAAUGGCCAUCAUUAGUGAUGGCGAAUCCCUGGCCAAAAUUACUUUAUUUGAGGCAGUGGCAGGUAAAGUGGCAGAGGGGGAGGCCUUCUUUAUGAGGGGCCACACCCUGGUGGGAAAGUCCCCACCAUUUCUUAUUAAUGUUGGGAGUGGAACUCAAUUUUUCAGGGCCAGUAAAAUUGCCUGCCCCGCUGAAUUGCUGGCCAGAGCAGAGACCCUGCUGCACCCGGCCUCGCCACUGGUGGAGCUCAGUCAGUGCAGGGAGCAGCAGGGCCUGAUUUCCAUCGAGGGGGUGAUUACUGAGGUCAGUAUAAGAUACUAUGGUACAGCCACGUUUCUAGGAAAUUAAAACCAUCACAAAUAACAAGAUAAAAUUGCAUUCUCAGAUAUAUAACUUACUAAAUAUGGAAUUUUUCUUGUUUAGAUAUCAGCUGUGCGAAAGGUGGAGUCGGGGAGAGAGGCCUUGCCUCUGCGAAAACUCACCCUGCAGCAGGUAACUACAGCUGUGAAAAUUGUUGGUACCCUUCUGUUUAAGGAAGAAGUUCAUACAAGUCACUGAAAUGAACUGUUACACAACCUGUACACUGACUACUGUACAUUGCGUCAAAGUGUCAUCUCUUUAGUGUUAUCCCAUGAAAAUAUAUAAUUAAAUAUUUGCAGAAAUGUGAGGGGUGCUCUCACUUUUGUGAAAUACUGUUUGCUUAAUAACAUUUGCGUAAUGUAUGAAUCAUGAUGAAAUAACACUUAAAUUUAUGCAGAUCUGUCAUUUAGCCUGUUUCUCGCUCUACACAAAUGAGCAUGUCACUUUGAAUUCAUGUGAUUAGUUCACCCUUAAUAAAUUAUCAAAUGAUGCUGAUUUGAUGUGAUAUCAAAUUUCCCCUUGGGGGUCGAUAAAGUUCUUCUUAUCUUAUCUUUCUCAUAAAUUAUUGCUUAGUUUAGCACCGUGCAUCUGCUCAGCCCCACUGACUUAAAUGAGACAAGAGCCUAUGGUAUUUUGUAGUGUCAUGUGUAUUGUGACUACAAUAAGGUGUUCCCUUACAUUUUACAGGGCAAAACCACUGUCAGGGUCUCCCUGUGGAGGGAGGCAGCUGUGAAGCCCCUUGCUGUGGGUGAGACGGUGAGAGUGACUCACACAAAGUCACUCAAAACGGAGUAUGGGCUCCAGCUCAACUCCACCAACUUUACAAAACUUGAGGUAAUUUGUUGUUGUCAUUGUUUUCAGGUAAAGACACUUUUUGAAAAAUAUAACCCUUUCUUCCCUUACAAUUGGUAGCUUACAGAAUCACAAAAACUUAACUAGGUUUAAAAACUACUUAAUUAAUCGACAGUUGAUAUAGAGAUACACACGCACGAACAAAAUUGUUGGCAUCCUUUUAUUAAAGAAAGAAAAACUCCCAUCGAAACACAAUUGAACGUCUGUGGAAGGAGCUGAAACAUGCAGUCUGGAGAUGACACUCUUCAAACUUUACACCUCUGGAAAUGUUUGCACACCAGGAGUGGGCCAAAACACCUGUGGACAGGUGCACAGGUCUCUCUAAGAGUUACAGAAAUCGCUUGAUUGCAGUAAUCGCCUCAAAAGGUUGUGCAACAUAGUAUACAGUUAAAGGUACCAUCGAUUUUUUUCAGGCCAGUUUUGUCAAUUUUUUUGUUUUGUUUUAAAGUGUGUUUGGAUAUGUCAGUUUCACACAUUUCCUUUUUAAAAGUAGUUCUGUUAAACCAAAAUUCAAAUCCAAUGUCACAUUUUCAAUUGUUAAUUUUCUGUUUAUUAUAUUUCACUCUUAUUUCUGUUAGUUUCUAGUCAUUUCUGUGAGCUUUGUUGGUCUAGCUUAUUUUAAAAGAAAAAGAAAGGUGCCAACAAUUUUGUCUGCUUGUGUAUAGCCAUCCACGUGAGGGGCACUUAAUUAAUGGCAAGGAAGAUUUCAGUGUAUUGACACUUUUGUACCCGGUCUCACAUCUGAACCACUUCCUCUUGUGCCAGGAUGGGCAGGGCCUUAGGACAAUGCUACUCACAAUAUUAAUCAAUAUUGGGCCAUUGUUACAGAAAAAACAAUAUAAUACAAAUCACCUGAUUCCUUACCUGUGUUUGUCUUAUUUGUCAACAGAAGCAGCUGCAGACCGGGAUCGAGCUCACCAUCAUAGGUGUCCUUGAAGAGGAGGGGGCCACCUCCAGCAGCGGCCCAGAAUUGUUAGAAGUCCUGCAGGAGAAUGGGGAGACCCUCAGGAUUUUAAAAGAUUUGUGGGGGCCCAACUUUGAUGAGGCCCUCCUAAAGGGCCCCUUGAAAUGCACAGCCUGUGUAUCAGGCACAAACAUAGUCAAAUUAAAAUUAAUUUGA